UCCUUUGACCACUAUCAUAAUAUCUAAAGGACUUGGACCAGCUCAGUAAUCAGAGGGUCCCCCCUCCUCCAGGACAGGAGCAGAUGACGCCCUCCCUCCACACAGGAUAAGAGGAUGAGGAGCUCCGUCUGAUCCCGCAGCCUGCCCGUCUUCCACCCUGGCUUCAGGGACUUGCUAUGGAUGCUGAGUGUUUGGAGUGUGUGCCCUGUGUGCAGCCUGAGCUCCCCGCUGCAGAGGAGGAGGACAGCAGGGAGGGAGCUGAUGAAACUGUGGGUGAUGAGGAAGGAGAGCAGCAGGAUGUGCCAGAGCCCCAGUCUCCCCAGACCCCUGCACUGGGGGGCGAUGAGAAGGAUGUCAAAUGUCACUUCGAACAAUCUGUCCAACCCCGCAAGGAAUGGGCUCCCACUGUCUACACCUGUUUUGGUAAAGAACGUCUCUGGUGUGCAGGGUAUGAAAUUAUUGUUCAGGAAUCCAUUGAAGACUACGGAGGAGUGAUCUGGCCAGCAGCAAAGGCAUUAUGCUACUUCCUGGAAGAAAACCAAGAUGAAUUUGAUUUGAAAGACAAGAACAUUUUGGAACUUGGCUCUGGAACUGGCUUGGUAUCGAUUGUCGCAUCUAUCUUAGGAGCUCAUGUUAUUGCAACCGACCUGCCCAACAUACUGGGAAAUCUGAGAUUUAAUUUGUCAAGAAACACAAAAGGGCGCAGCUUGCAUAUUCCUGAAGUGAGAGAGUUGGCAUGGGGAGAAGAUCUUCAAAGAUUUUUUCAAAAUACUUCUUUCGCCUUUGAUUAUAUUCUUGCCGCUGAUGUUGUCUACUAUCACACCUGUCUUGAUAAACUUCUAAAAACCAUGAAGUAUUUUUGCCAGCCUGGCACUCAGUUAAUAUGGGCAAACAAAUUCAGAUUUAAUACCGAUUUAGAUUUUUUGUCAGAUUUUAACAUCUCAUUUGAAACAGAAGUCCUCGCAGAGUACCCAGAGUUAGAGGUUAAAAUCUUCAAAGCAACACGCAAAGCAGAUUAAAUGCUCCUAGAUUCACAUACAGACAAUGAUCCAUUAGGCAGGGUGACAUCAAUUAUGAUAUGGUGAACUUCUAAGCUGACCAGUGUGUGUUCACUCUGCAUCUCAAACAGUGCAUAUGUAUUGUCUCUUCAUCACCAGUGUAAUAGGCUAAAGUUGUAUAGGCCUGCAACCCAUCAUUUACAGAACUUUGUACAGAUCCUGUACAAAAAUGCACCAAUCUUAUUAAAUGUUGUAAGCAGACAUGAUGUAUAAUACUCAAAUGAUGAUGCUUAAGAAACACCACUUACUCUUAUAUUCUGUUGAACAUUGGUCACCUUUGAGGCAAUUUUUUAGUGCAUUUUACUCAUUGUGGUCUAAGAAUAUUUUUCAAUUGGUCUUUAUUAAAAAAAAAACUACAACAG